AUGGUGAACACAGCAAGUGAUGCUGAAGACAGUGGGAUCAACAACUUUGUUCCAGAAGCACAUUUAUUGUACUCACUCAACACAGAACAAAGAAUUGCUUGGCAAGCCCAGAUUCUACAAACAGCAGCCGAGCACAUGGCCAAACUCCAGGAGAUUGUAUCUGUACAAGCUUCAAUUCUCAAGAGCAACAAUGGUGGUAGGACCCCAGUCAAUGCUUGUUUCCAUUGUCAAGAAGAAGGACACUUCGUGGCUCAUUGCCCAAAGAAGGACCGAGCCAGCGACGGUCUUGUACCUCAUGGUACAUCAUUAAAAGGUGCUCAAUCUCAUCAGGGUAGCACCCCAGGCAAGGCUGCUGGUAAGGCUUGUUUCCGUUGUCAAGAAGGAGGAAAUUUCGUGGCUGAUUGCCCAAAGAAAUACCAAGCCAGCGAUAGUCUUGUACUUCAUGGUACAUCAUUAAAAGGUGCUCAAUCUCAUCAGGGUAGCACCCCAGGCAAGGCUGCUGGUAAGGCUUGUUUCCGUUGUCAAGAAGAAGGACAUUUGGUGGCUAAUUGCCCAAAGAAGUAUCCACUGUUAUUUAGCAAUAGGGACACUCAGAAGCAGAAUUUGUCUCCAUCAGAAGGAAAGAUUUGCAACCAGACUCCAGUACAAUUCCCACAAAGUAGCUGCGCCAAAGGAAUAAGUUUCAUCUGUGGCGACAUGGAUCACUCAAUUAAUCAGUCCUCCAAGGCAUGCAAAUCAGUUACAAGGAACUUACAGUCGCCACAGCCUUCUAACACUCCAGGCCAGCACACUGGCUCUCAAGGACCAUGUCAACCUAGUGGUCAGCCUGUUGAGGGCUCCCGUGUGAAUUCAGACCAAUCAAGUGGAUCUGUGAAUACAACUGUGCAAUCAAAUCCUGGAGUUGAGCAUGGAGCAACAAGUCAGGGAACAUUGGGUUUCCAUAGAUCUGAUGCUGCCAACAAAAGGCAGCAAAUUCAUGCUGGAAGCGUGGCAGUUUCGCCAAUUGAGAUGUUCCAGCCUGUCUGGCUCUUAGCUCUUGUUGAUGAUGAAAUGCUUGGUGACCUUGCAUGUCUUAUUGCUAUCAUCAUGGAGUUUCUGUGGAGAAUCUCGAGCCUUCCAAGGAAGAUGGAACUGGGUCUGAAACAUGAGCCAACAAGGAAGCUGGGACAUGGGCAGAGGGAGUGA